GUUAGCUGCGCGUUAACUACGGCGAUGUCAUUAUCCUCUGUCGAGGGUCGGCGCGCUGCUGCAGUUUUGGAGGAAACUAUUCGUAAAUUAACCUUUCUUGAAGCAAUUUCCCCAGAUAUUCUCCAACAUCGUGAUGAGUUGACGAAAUUCGUUGGGGAUGAGGUAUCACAGAUAAUAGGAGACCAACGACUGUUAGAGGAGCGCUACGAGGGCUUAAUCUCACAACGAAGCAAAUUAAGAGGGGUUGCAAACAAAUUCAGGUACAAACUCGUGCAAACAGAAAUUGAAGGCGUGUCGCGCAAACUAAGGAAUUCUACCAAAAGCCUAUGCCAGAAUUUGAAAGAUAACCCCGACAUAUCUGGGAAUCUAUUUAAAAUUCAGCGCGAAAGACAAGAUCUCAUUGAAAUCAUAGAGCAAACGAUCAAUGAGGUAGGCACACUUCAUGCUUGCCUUGCCCAUCUAAAUUUUCGUACAGCUUAGGGAGAAUGGCUCAUUUACAACACUCAUCGCGAAGGUUACCAAAGACAUAGACGACCAAAACCGUCUUCGGGGCAGCCUUCGCAGAGAAAGGGAGAUUUCUGAUACUGCCCGGCAGCUCGAUAAGGAAAUUGCUCAAGAAAAGCUCCGUCAUCUGAGACAGGUUGCUGAGCAGCAAGCAUUAAUCACGCAGCUGAAGCAGCAGCUCAAAUCAAUCAAAUCCAAGACAGCCAUUGAUGUGAAUUCUCUUCAAACCGUGGCAGAGGCACGAACUUGCUCUACGGCAAGAGUCCAUAGACAAACCGAACGUUCCCAGGAAAUAAAGGCUUCCAGUUUAGAACGGCAUCGUGAAACGGAAAAGAUGGUUCACGCCUCAACUUUGGAAUUUCUUGAGAUGAAACAACAAGAAUUGGCAAACAAGCUUACUUGGUGGGCAAACAAAUAUCGAGACGACUAUGCUAAGUUGGAGUUGCGCCUCAAAACGCUGACACAGGAGCGAAUCUCCAACUUGGAUCGACUGACUAUCUUGAAGAAACGAAGAGACUCUGAACUAAAAGCCGAGCAUUCUAUGAGGGCUAACAUAGAGAGCAGGGAUGAACUUGAAAGGCGCUGUUUAGUUAAGUCUCACAAGGAGCGUGGAGCUGCCGCGGCUAUCCAGUCCGCUGUAAGGGCAUUUCUCGAUCGCAAAGCAGAAGAGGAUGCGCGUCGGGCGGCAGACAAAAAGAAAAAAAAGGGAGGUAAAAAGUAAAAUGGGCUGCUUUCACUUAGAAUGACAAAAAAAUGAACAACAACAAGACAA